AUUAGCAAUAACCUCUCUUCCCAUCACCAUCACAUCCUCAUCACAGAAAAGUACAGGAACUUAUGCUUCCUCAAUGGGUGUGUCAUCAUCUGGAAUGUAGUCGAAUUCCCCGUCACCUACAUUAGCCAUGACCUCUCUUCCUUCGAGCAAACUAUCUUCAUCAGAAGCAAGUGCAGGUACUUAUACUUCCUCAAGGGGUGUGUCAUCAUCUGUGUUGGCAUCGAGUUCCGAAUCACCUAUAGUAGCCAUGACUUCUCUUCCUUCCACUAUGAUAUCUUCAUCAGAGGCAAGUGCAGGUAUUUAUGCUUCAUCAAGGGGUGUGUCAUCCUCUGGAUUGGAGUCAAAUAUCCCAUCCCCUACAUUAGCAAUGACCUCUCUUCCCUCGCCCAAACUAUCUUCAUCCGAGGCAAGUGCAGGUACUUCUGCUUCCUUAAGGGGUGUGUCAUCAUCUGGAAUGGAUUCGAAUACCCCAUCACCUACUUUAGCCAUGGCUUCUCUUCCUUCCUCCAUGAUAUCUUCAUCAGAGGCAGGUGCAGGUACUUCUGCUUCAUCAAGGGGUGUGUCAUCAUCUGAAAUGGAGUCGAAUAUCCCAUCCCCUACAUUAGCAAUGACCUCUCUUCCUUCGCCCAAACUAUCUUCAUCUGAGGCAAGUGCAGGUACUUUUGCUUCCUCAAGGGGUGUGUCAUCAUCUGUGUUGGCAUCGAGUUCCGAAUCACCUAUAAUAGCAAUGAUCUCUCUUCCUUCCACCAUAAUAUCUUCAUCCGAGGCAAGUGCAGGUACUUCUGCUUCCUCAAGGGGUGUGUCAUCAUCUGAAAUUGCAACGAGUUCACAAUCAAAUACUUUAGCAAUGACCUCCGUUCCUACCAUCAUCAUUUCGUCUUCAGAGGCAAGUGCAGGUACUUAUGCUUCCUCAAUGGGAGUGUCAUUAUAUGGAAUGGGGUCGAAUUCCCCGUCACCUACGUUAGGAAUGACCUCCGUUGAAAGGAGCACGAUGUCGUCAUCAGAGGCAAGUGCAGGUACUUCUGCUUCCUUAAGGGGUGUGUCAUCAUCUGAAAUGGAUUCGAAUACCCCAUCACCUACUUUAGCCAUGGCUUCUCUUCCUUUGACCAAACUAUCUUCAUCCCAGGCAAGUGCAGGUACUUCUGCUUCCUUUAGGGGUGUGUCAUCAUCUGGAGUGGAUUUGAAUACCCCAUCACCUACUUUAGCCAUGGCUUCUCUUCCUUCCUCAAUGAUAUCUUCAUCAGAGGCAGAUGCAGGUACUUCUGCUUCAUCAAGGGGUGUGUCAUCAUCUGAAAUGGAGUCGAAUAUCCCAUCCCCUACAUUAGCAAUGACCUCUCUUCCUUCGCCCAAACUAUCUUCAUCCGAGGCAAGUGCAGGUACUUAUGCUUCCUCAAGGGGUGUGUCAUCAUCUGUUUUGGCAUCGAGUUCCGAAUCACCUAUAAUAGCAAUGACCUCUCUUCCUUCCACCAUAAUAUCUUCAUCCGAGGCAAGUGCAGGUACUUCUGCUUCCUCAAGGGGUGUGUCAUCAUCUGAAAUUGCAACGAGUUCACAAUCAAAUACUUUAGCAAUGACCUCCGUUCCUACCAUCAUCAUUUCGUCUUCAGAGGCAAGUGCAGGUACUUAUGCUUCCUCAAUGGGAGUGUCAUUAUAUGGAAUGGGGUCGAAUUCCCCGUCACCUACGUUAGGAAUGACCUCCGUUGAAAGGAGCACGAUGUCGUCAUCAGAGGCAAGUGCAGGUACUUCUGCUUCCUUAAGGGGUGUGUCAUCAUCUGAAAUGGAUUCGAAUACCCCAUCACCUACUUUAGCCAUGGCUUCUCUUCCUUUGACCAAACUAUCUUCAUCCCAGGCAAGUGCAGGUACUUCUGCUUCCUUUAGGGGUGUGUCAUCAUCUGGAGUGGAUUUGAAUACCCCAUCACCUACUUUAGCCAUGGCUUCUCUUCCUUCCUCAAUGAUAUCUUCAUCAGAGGCAGAUGCAGGUACUUCUGCUUCAUCAAGGGGUGUGUCAUCAUCUGAAAUGGAGUCGAAUAUCCCAUCCCCUACAUUAGCAAUGACCUCUCUUCCUUCGCCCAAACUAUCUUCAUCCGAGGCAAGUGCAGGUACUUAUGCUUCCUCAAGGGGUGUGUCAUCAUCUGUUUUGGCAUCGAGUUCCGAAUCACCUAUAAUAGCAAUGACCUCUCUUCCUUCCACCAUAAUAUCUUCAUCCGAGGCAAGUGCAGGUACUUCUGCUUCCUCAAGGGGUGUGUCAUCAUCUGAAAUUGCAACGAGUUCACAAUCAAAUACUUUAGCAAUGACCUCCGUUCCUACCAUCAUCAUUUCGUCUUCAGAGGCAAGUGCAGGUACUUAUGCUUCCUCAAUGGGAGUGUCAUUAUAUGGAAUGGGGUCGAAUUCCCCGUCACCUACGUUAGGAAUGACCUCCGUUGAAAGGAGCACGAUGUCGUCAUCAGAGGCAAGUGCAGGUACUUCUGCUUCCUUAAGGGGUGUGUCAUCAUCUGAAAUGGAUUCGAAUACCCAAUCACCUACUUUAGCCAUGGCUUCUCUGUCUUCCUCCAUGAUAUCUUCAUCAGAGGAAGGUGCAGGUACUUCUGCUUCCUUAAGGGGUGUGUCAUCAUCUGAAAUGGAGUCGAAUAUCCCAUCCCCUACAUUAGCAAUGACCUCUCUUCCUUCGCCCAAACUAUCUUCAUCCGAGGCAAGUGCAGGUACUUCUGCUUCCUUAAGGGGUGUGUCAUCAUCUGAAAUGGAUUCGAAUACCCCAUCACCUACUUUAGCCAUGGCUUCUCUUCCUUUGACCAAACUAUCUUCAUCCCAGGCAAGUGCAGGUACUUCUGCUUCCUUUAGGGGUGUGUCAUCAUCUGGAGUGGAUUUGAAUACCCCAUCACCUACUUUAGCCAUGGCUUCUCUUCCUUCCUCAAUGAUAUCUUCAUCAGAGGCAGAUGCAGGUACUUCUGCUUCAUCAAGGGGUGUGUCAUCAUCUGAAAUGGAGUCGAAUAUCCCAUCCCCUACAUUAGCAAUGACCUCUCUUCCUUCGCCCAAACUAUCUUCAUCCGAGGCAAGUGCAGGUACUUAUGCUUCCUCAAGGGGUGUGUCAUCAUCUGUUUUGGCAUCGAGUUCCGAAUCACCUAUAAUAGCAAUGACCUCUCUUCCUUCCACCAUAAUAUCUUCAUCCGAGGCAAGUGCAGGUACUUCUGCUUCCUCAAUGGGUGUGUCAUCAUCUGAAAUUGCAACGAGUUCACAAUCAAAUACUUUAGCAAUGACCUCCGUUCCUACCAUCAUCAUUUCGUCUUCAGAGGCAAGGGCAGGUACUUAUGCUUCCUCAAUGGGAGUGUCAUUAUAUGGAAUGGGGUCGAAUUCCCCGUCACCUACGUUAGGAAUGACCUCCGUUGAAAGGAGCACGAUGUCGUCAUCAGAGGCAAGUGCAGGUACUUCUGCUUCCUUAAGGGGUGUGUCAUCAUCUGAAAUGGAUUCGAAUACCCCAUCACCUACUUUAGCCAUGGCUUCUCUUCCUUUGACCAAACUAUCUUCAUCCCAGGCAAGUGCAGGUACUUCUGCUUCCUUUAGGGGUGUGUCAUCAUCUGGAAUGGAUUUGAAUACCCCAUCACCUACUUUAGCCAUGGCUUCUCUUCCUUCCUCAAUGAUAUCUUCAUCAGAGGCAGAUGCAGGUACUUCUGCUUCAUCAAGGGGUGUGUCAUCAUCUGAAAUGGAGUCGAAUAUCCCAUCCCCUACAUUAGCAAUGACCUCUCUUCCUUCGCCCAAACUAUCUUCAUCCGAGGCAAGUGCAGGUACUUAUGCUUCCUCAAGGGGUGUGUCAUCAUCUGUUUUGGCAUCGAGUUCCGAAUCACCUAUAAUAGCAAUGACCUCUCUUCCUUCCACCAUAAUAUCUUCAUCCGAGGCAAGUGCAGGUACUUCUGCUUCCUCAAUGGGUGUGUCAUCAUCUGAAAUUGCAACGAGUUCACAAUCACAUACUUUAGCAAUGACCUCCGUUCCUACCAUCAUCAUUUCGUCUUCAGAGGCAAGUGCAGGUACUUAUGCUUCCUCAAUGGGAGUGUCAUUAUAUGGAAUGGGGUCGAAUUCCCCUUCACCUACGUUAGGAAUGACCUCCGUUGAAAGGAGCACGAUGUCGUCAUCAGAGGCAAGUGCAGGUACUUCUGCUUCCUUAAGGGGUGUGUCAUCAUCUGGAAUUGCAACGAGUUCACAAUCACAUACUUUAGAAAUGACCUCCGUUCCUACCAUCAUCAUUUCGUCUUCAGAGGCAAGUGCAGGUACUUAUGCUUCCUCAAUGGGAGUGUCAUUAUAUGGAAUGGGGUCGAAUUCCCCGUCACCUACGUUAGGAAUGACCUCCGUUGAAAGGAGCACGAUGUCGUCAUCAGAGGCAAGUGCAAGUACUUCUGCUUCCUUAAGGGGUGUGUCAUCAUCUGAAAUGGAUUCGAAUACCCCAUCACCUACUUUAGCCAUGGCUUCUCUUCCUUCCUCAAUGAUAUCUUCAUCAGAGGCAGAUGCAGGUACUUCUGCUUCAUCAAGGGGUGUGUCAUCAUCUGAAAUGGAGUCGAAUAUCCCAUCCCCUACAUUAGCAAUGACCUCUCUUCCUUCGCCCAAACUAUCUUCAUCCGAGGCAAGUGCAGGUACUUAUGCUUCCUCAAGGGGUGUGUCAUCAUCUGUUUUGGCAUCGAGUUCCGAAUCACCUAUAAUAGCAAUGACCUCUCUUCCUUCCACCAUAAUAUCUUCAUCCGAGGCAAGUGCAGGUACUUCUGCUUCCUCAAUGGGUGUGUCAUCAUCUGAAAUUGCAACGAGUUCACAAUCACAUACUUUAGCAAUGACCUCCGUUCCUACCAUCAUCAUUUCGUCUUCAGAGGCAAGUGCAGGUACUUAUGCUUCCUCAAUGGGAGUGUCAUUAUAUGGAAUGGGGUCGAAUUCCCCUUCACCUACGUUAGGAAUGACCUCCGUUGAAAGGAGCACGAUGUCGUCAUCAGAGGCAAGUGCAGGUACUUCUGCUUCCUUAAGGGGUGUGUCAUCAUCUGGAAUUGCAACGAGUUCACAAUCACAUACUUUAGAAAUGACCUCCGUUCCUACCAUCAUCAUUUCGUCUUCAGAGGCAAGUGCAGGUACUUAUGCUUCCUCAAUGGGAGUGUCAUUAUAUGGAAUGGGGUCGAAUUCCCCGUCACCUACGUUAGGAAUGACCUCCGUUGAAAGGAGCACGAUGUCGUCAUCAGAGGCAAGUGCAAGUACUUCUGCUUCCUUAAGGGGUGUGUCAUCAUCUGAAAUGGAUUCGAAUACCCCAUCACCUACUUUAGCCAUGGCUUCUCUUCCUUCGACCAAACUAUCUUCAUCCGAGGCAAGUGCAGGUACUUCUGCUUCCUUAAGGGGUGUGUCAUCAUCUGGAAUGGAUUCGAAUACCCCAUCACCUACUUUAGCCAUGGCUUCUCUUCCUUCGACCAAACUAUCUUCAUCCGAGGCAAGUGCAGGUACUUCUGCUUCCUUAAGGGGUGUGUCAUCAUCUGGAAUGGAUUCGAAUACCCCAUCACCUACUUUAGCCAUGGCUUCUCUUCCUUUGACCAAACUAUCUUCAUCCCAGGCAAGUGCAGGUACUUCUGCUUCCUUUAGGGGUGUGUCAUCAUCUGGAAUGGAUUUGAAUACCCCAUCACCUACUUUAGCCAUGGCUUCUCUUCCUUCCUCAAUGAUAUCUUCAUCAGAGGCAGAUGCAGGUACUUCUGCUUCAUCAAGGGGUGUGUCAUCAUCUGAAAUGGAGUCGAAUAUCCCAUCCCCUACAUUAGCAAUGACCUCUCUUCCUUCGCCGAAACUAUCUUCAUCCGAGGCAAGUGCAGGUACUUAUGCUUCCUCAAGGGGUGUGUCAUCAUCUGUUUUGGCAUCGAGUUCCGAAUCACCUAUAAUAGCAAUGACCUCUCUUCCUUCCACCAUAAUAUCUUCAUCCGAGGCAAGUGCAGGUACUUCUGCUUCCUCAAUGGGUGUGUCAUCAUCUGAAAUUGCAACGAGUUCACAAUCACAUACUUUAGCAAUGACCUCCGUUCCUACCAUCAUCAUUUCGUCUUCAGAGGCAAGUGCAGGUACUUAUGCUUCCUCAAUGGGAGUGUCAUUAUAUGGAAUGGGGUCGAAUUCCCCUUCACCUACGUUAGGAAUGACUUCCGUUGAAAGGAGCACGAUGUCGUCAUCAGAGGGGUGUGUCAUCAUCUGGAAUGGAUUUGAAUACCCCAACACCUACUUUAGCCAUGGCUUCUCUUCCUUCCUCCAUGAUAUCUUCAUCAGAGGCAGAUGCAGGUACUUCUGCUUCAUCAAGGGGUGUGUCAUCAUCUGA